CAAUUCCAUUGGGAUUGGGGAGGAGAGAAAAGAUUGUGUUUUGACGAUAAUGAAGAGAUGGAAAAAUGAAAUGAGAGGCCUGAGAUCGAGAUCUCUUCUGUAAGAGGCCAAAGCCACCUUAUCCACAGCCUCGCAAUGCCACCUCAUCCAAAAUUGGAGCCUCACGUUUCUAUAUUACCGAUUUAUCACCAACAGUGUCCUACUUCUACUCUUAUCACAACCAUCUGUCCCCUGUAUCUCCCAUGUCUUACUCUGCUAAUAAUUCUCAUGUCUGAAUCCCUGUUUGCUUAGCAGGCUUAGGAGGAAAAUUCAUUUUUUGCUUCUUUUUUUUGGUUCUUUCUGUUUUUUUUUCGUGAGAGGUUUAAAGCUUUUGGUUGCCCGGAUUGUUGCUACUGUGUUUCAAGGCUUGUUCUUUAGUGUCUGUUUUCUUUUGUGGAGAGAUUUGAGUCUGCAAAUUAGCUUUGCAACUUCCCUGCCUGAAGACUGGUGUUUGUGGGAGAUAUUUAAGUAGGAAGAGUGUUAGUAUUGCAGAGGAAAAGGAUUGUUUAUUUAUAAAGAGGUGUUUUGGAGUACAAAAUUUGGGAUUGAGGCGAAUGCGGUAUGGCCCCCCGGACUGGCCGUGCUAAGCCACAUAAGGCCAAAGGCGAAAAGAAGAAGAAGGAAGAGAAGAUUCUUCCCACUGUCCUGGACAUUACAGUCAACACUCCAGAUGAGUCUCAAAUCAUCUUAAAGGGAAUUUCCACAGACCGCAUUCUUGAUGUACGCCGAUUGUUAGCGGUGAAUGUGGAAACAUGCCAUCUGACUAACUAUUCUUUGUCCCAUGAGGUUCGUGGCGACAAGCUGAAGGAUUCGUUGGAUGUUGUGACCUUGAAGCCUUGUGUCCUUACCAUUGUGGAGGAGGACUAUACCGAAGAGGAUGCUAUUGCACAUGUUAGAAGGUUACUAGACAUUGUGGCAUGCACGACAUGCUUUGGAUCUUCAGGAAAGCAAAUGGAGCCAAGGUCCGGGCAGGGAGGUGUAAAAGAAUCAGCUCACUCAACAACAGAUACAGAGCAGGCCAAUGAAACUUCCGUUAAAAAAUGCUCCAGUAAUAAAGAAAGAAAAGAACUAAAUAAGGAUGGAAAAGUAGAAUCUGACGACAAAUCAGAGCUUCCCCAAAAAGUUGAAGGCAAUCUUGACUCUACCAUAAAAGAUGAUGGAGGAGAAAAGAAAUCAAAUAAUGUUGUCAAAGGAAGUAACAUGUCCUUGAAAGAAGGGAAAUCUGAGGCUGUUGCAGCUAUGGAUGCUGCCAAAGAGGCAACAGAGAAAGGGGAUAUGACAGGAAUGUGCCCUCCUUCUAAGCUUGGCCAGUUUUAUGAGUUCUUCUCAUUCUCACAUCUCGUGCCCCCUAUUCAAUUUAUAAGGAAGUCCACAAGGCAAUCUGUUGAAGAAAAACGUUCUGAAGGAGAAUUUUUUUCAAUAGAUGUGAAGUUUUGCAAUGGGAAGAUGGUGACUGCAACAGCAUGCACCAAAGGUUUUUAUAGUCAUGGAAAGCAACUUGUCCAAAGUCAUACACUUGUCAACUUGCUACAACAACUGAGCAGGGCUUUUACUAAUGCUUAUGAUUGUCUAAUGAAGGCCUUUUCCGAGCGUAAUAAGUUUGGAAACCUUCCAUAUGGAUUUCGUGCAAACACAUGGGUUGUCCCACCCAUGGUUGCUGAUUCACCAUCUGUUUUCCCACCUCUACCAGUGGAGGAUGAGAGCUGGGGUGGCAAUGGUGGGGGCCAAGGAAGGGAUGGGAAGAGUGAUUUAAGGCCCUGGGCAACAGAAUUUUCCAUUCUAGCAGCGAUGCCAUGCAAAACUGUGGAGGAAAGACAAGUUAGGGAUCGGAAAGUGUUUCUACUUCAUAGUUUAUUUGUUGAUGUUGCCAUCAUCAAAGCUGUAGCUGCCAUUCAGCACGUUAUUGAUAGGCACAAAAUUUUAGAUCAAACAAAAUAUCAAGAUCCCACCAGAAUAUUGCAUGAGGAAACUGUUGGAGACUUGAAGAUAAUGGUCACAAGAGAUGUUCCAGAUGCAAGCAGAAAACUAGAUAAAAAGAUUGAUGGUAGCCAAGCCCCAGGAAUGUCUUCUAGGGAACUUGCAGAAAGAAAUUUGUUAAAAGGAAUAACUGCAGAUGAGAGUACAACUGUGCAUGAUACUGCCACUUUAGGAGUCGUUAUUGUUAAACAUUGUGGCUAUACAGCAGUGGUGAAAGUUUUUGGCGAUGUAGAAAAAGGAGUGGAAUCUCUAUCCCGGGAAAUUGACAUUGAGGAUCAGCCUGAAGGGGGUGCUAAUGCUCUAAAUGUCAGUAGUUUAAGAACCCUUCUACACAAGGGAGCCCCCCGUGUACAGUCAAAUUCAGCAAUGCACCAAUGCAAUGGUUCUGAAUCUGAGGAUAUGCAAUCAGCAAGAACUUUGGUCCAGAAAGUUUUAGAAGAUAGUUUACUUAAACUGCAGGAAGAACAAACUGAUCAUAGAAGGUUCAUUAGAUGGGAGCUUGGAGCAUGCUGGGUGCAACACCUACAGAACCAACCAACAUCAGAAAAAAAUGAGACAAAAUCUAGUGAGGAAAGCAAAAAUGAACCUGUCAUUAAGGGACUUGGGAAACAUGGAUUGCUAAAAGAGAUAAAAAAGAAAACAACAGAUGACAAGAAUAAUAAAGCUGAAUCAGACAAGAUAAAAUCUCUUGACAUCUCAGCUGGUAAUGAAAUUGAGAACAAAAGGCAGGUUACAGAAAUAGCUUGUGACCGUGAAGCACAAAAAGAAGAAAUAGAAAAUGAACUACCACUGAAAAAAUUGCUUCCAGAAGCUGCAUUUAUGCGGUUAAAAGAAUCUGAAACUGGCCUCCAUUGCAAGUCUCUGGAUGAUCUUAUUGAGAUGGCUCAGAAAUACUACAAUGAUGUUGCGCUACCAAAACUGGUAGCAGACUUUGGCUCAUUAGAACUGUCACCAGUGGAUGGGCGGACAUUGACUGAUUUUAUGCAUACACGAGGGUUGCAGAUGCAUUCUUUAGGCCGUGUGGUUGAACUUGCAGACAAACUUCCUCAUGUGCAAUCACUUUGCAUUCAUGAAAUGGUGGUUCGUGCCUUUAAGCACAUAUUAGAAGCAGUAGUUGCUUCUGUUGAAAGCACUUCAGAUUUGGCUGCAGCCAUUGCUGCAGCUUUGAAUAUAAUGCUUGGAACACCAUCAAAAGAAAACAGUGAUACUAAUAGUGUAGAUCUCUUUAAAUGGGAAUGGAUUGAAUUGUUUUUGAACAAGAGAUUUGGAUGGAAAAUGAAUAAUUCACAUCGCCAGGAUUUGAGAAAGUGUGCAAUUUUACGGGGAAUUUGCCAUAAGGUGGGACUUGAGCUGGCUCCUAGAGAUUAUGAUGUGGACAGCCCAAAUCCAUUUAGGAAUAUGGACAUCAUAAGCAUGGUACCUGUCUAUAAGCAAGUAGCAUGCUCAUCUGCAGAUGGUCGGACAUUGUUAGAAUCAUCAAAAACUGCUUUGGACAAGGGAAAACUUGAUGAAGCUGUCAACUAUGGGACCAAGGCUUUGGCAAAGCUGGUUGCAGUUUGUGGUCCUUACCAUCGAAUGACAGCUGGAGCAUACAGCUUACUGGCUGUUGUAUUAUAUCAUACAGGGGAUUUCAAUCAGGCUAUGAUAUAUCAGCAAAAGGCUUUGGAUAUCAAUGAGAGGGAGCUUGGCCUUGACCAUCCAGAUACCAUGAAAAGUUAUGGCGACCUUGCUGUAUUCUAUUAUCGGCUUCAACACACUGAAUUGGCACUGAAAUACGUCAAUCGUGCAUUGUAUCUUUUGCACCUAACAUGUGGACCAUCACACCCAAACACUGCUGCAACGUACAUUAAUGUUGCUAUGAUGGAAGAAGGUCUGGGAAAUAUCCAUGUAGCUCUAAGAUAUUUGCAUGAAGCCUUAAAAUGCAAUCAAAGACUGCUUGGAGCAGAUCAUAUACAGACUGCCGCUAGCUAUCAUGCAAUUGCUAUUGCUCUUUCAUUAAUGGAAGCAUAUUCUUUAAGUGUUCAGCAUGAGCAGACAACUUUGCAAAUUUUACAAGCAAAGCUUGGCUCCGAAGAUUUACGUACGCAGGAUGCUGCUGCAUGGCUGGACUAUUUUGACUCAAAGGCCUUGGAGCAGCAAGAAGCUGCACGUAAUGGUACUCCAAAACCAGAUGCAUCCAUAGCCAGUAAAGGCCAUCUUAGUGUAUCCGACCUGCUGGAUUUUAUAAAUCCAAAUGCAGAGAUGAAAGAUAAAAAGAAGCAAUCUCGUAUCAAGUUAAGAAGUAAACCUGCCCAAACCCAAUGGAGCACAGAGAUGGAUGAUUUUACAAAAGAAAUUCAACUUUCCCCGACUUAUGAUAUUCAGAAACAACUUUCAGAACCAGAACAGAGUGGAGAACCAACUAUAAGCACUAAUGUCCCUACUAAAUCAAAAGAUGACAUAACUGGACUGGAUGUAGAAGGCCAGACACCUGCCUCUGAAGUUUCAGCAGCUGAAAGCAUGGAGGAAGAAGGAUGGCAAGAGGCUGUUCCAAGAGGCCGAUCUAGCAAUGCAGGAGGUCGUAAAUUUGGCAUAAAAAAGCCAAAUCUUACAAGAUUGAACACUAAUAUGUCAAACAACACAUUGAAUAGCCCAGAACCUGCACAUAAUAGAAUAAACAACAAUAACACAAAUGACAGCGUAUCAGCUUCUAAAAGGAAAAUCAUGUCUUCUGGAGCAAAUAAUAAUUUUACAUCAAGAAAUGUUUCUGCAGAUUCAGUGGCCUCAAGAAAACUGGUAAAGGCUUCAACUUUUAAUGGCAGACCCAUGCCAUCCAUCAAGCCUGGUAUAGGAACAGACAACUUCGGUACUUCACAAUUGAUAACAAGCAGCCCCAAAUCCUCACCUACUACUCCUGGUGUUACAAAUCCAUCAAAAGUAAGCAAUGACACAGAGGGAAAGCAUGUGCCUAAACCAACUCGACAAACAACUCCACUGAAAACAGCAAUUCCUGUUUAUAAUAAAAUUCCAUUGACUACAACAGCAACAAACUCAUCAAGUGCUAUUGUAGCUGCUAUUCCUGGGAAAACUCCUUCAUACAAAGAAGUAGCUUUAGCACCUCCUGGAACUAUAGUAAAAGCAACACUGGAUACAGCCAAACAGGAUGCCCCAGAUGCUCCUCAAGAUGAUACAGAAAUGCAGACUGAAAAAGAAUCCAGAGUAGAAAAGGAACAAGAGGUAGUUAUCAAGGAAGAGGAGAAGUUGAAAACAGAGCCUGUGGCCGAGAAAGAUGAGUACAUAUGUACAUGUAGAGCAAAGAAGGGUGUAGAAAUUAUAAAACAAGAAAUAACUAUAGAGAAAACCAGUCAGAUAGAACCAGUGGAACUUGAACAAGUAAAAUCAGAAAUGAAAAUGACUAACUCAAACAAUGAAAUUGAGGCAACUGAUAGUUCAGUCCAAUCUUUAGAAGAGGAAAAGCUUUGUCCAAAUGUAGGUUCUAUUUCAUCCUCUGAAAACGUAAAUUGUACCGAACAGGUGACAUCUGGCAGAGAUGUUGAAACGCCUACUUCCCCCAAAAACGGGGAUUCCGAGGAAUCUCCUAAAAAUUCUGCUUCUCAAGAAAAGACACAAAUUGAUUUUAACAGUGCUGGCAAUAGUUCUGCGGAUCCAGAGAUCUUGAAGGUGGAUGAAGAAGAAAAGGUGCUUGUAUCAGAAGGAGGUCAUUCUGGAGAAUUAACUGUUACAAGUCCUCAAGAAUCUAGCAAAAAACUUUCUGCAGCUGCUCCACCAUUCAAUCCAGGCAUGUCACCACCUAUACUCCCAAUUUUUGGGCCAAUUGCUGUUACACCAUUCAAAGAUGGAAGAGCUGCUGAUACAGGUGGAAUUUUACCUUAUCCCACCAUACCUCCUGUUAACAACACCAUGGCAGCCGUUACACCUAUCCGUAAAUCACCUCAUCAGUCUCCAGCAGCAAGAGUACCUUACGGCCCUCGUUUGGCAGGAUACAACAGAACACUCCCCCGUGCUCCUCGCGGGAAGCAAGCUACAACCACUUCAAAUGGUGAUCAAAACUGUCAUAAUGUUCCUUGCAGUAUGAACCCUAAUGCUGUUGAAUUUGUACCUGGAAAAGCUUGGCAAUCCUCCAAUUCUGUGUCUCCUCUUGCCUCACCAGUACAUACCAACUCCGGUGAGGAUGAUAUAGAAGUUCAAUCUGAUGGGAAUGAAAAGUCUUCAAUGUCUGAGCCCAUAACAGUUGAUGAUGUCCCAGAAGAAGUGGUUUCAACUAUGGUGGAAGAGAUGGCUAUUCCCGAACAAAAAAUGCCAGAAACGGCUUCAGACACUACAAUCUCAAUUGAAAAAAAUGAAAUCGCUCUCAUAAAUAAUCAAGUAAGUGAAGCACAGCAGGCCAAUUCAUCAGAAGCUUACUCCAGUCAAGAUGAAAUCAAUAAACAGCAAGAUUCAAGUGCUGCUCAAAAUUCAGCAGCAGAUGAGGAUAAUUUUCAAGAUUCUGGAAUUGAGCAGCCUGUGUGUAAAAGCUCAAAGACCAUUUCAUCUAAGCCCUGGGCAGACUAUGCUAGCAGCGAAAGUGAAACUGAGGCCGAUGAUGCUACUGCUGCUGAUGCUGCUUUGGAUGCUGUUGAAGGUGACAGUGCGAUAGUUGCCAUUGUCUACACACCGAAGGGAAGGCAUGAUAUGGGUACAGAUGAAGCCUCAGCCAACAUCCACUUUGAAAGUUCCCACUAUUCUAACGGUCAAAUUACUGAACAGAUGAAUCAAUAUGAUCAUAAGGAUGAUGAUGGACAACGACCAGAUGAAGAGCAUCUGCCCGAAAAUGGACACACAAUGAGUGAAUGCUCUGAGGGCAGCGACAGUGGUAGUGGAGAAGCUGGUGCCAAUGGAAAACAGAGCGAUGGGGACAGAGAUGGCUUCACUCUAGUGACCAACAAGAGGAGAAAUUAUAGGAACCAUCAAUUAAAGACCUCAAAGAAUGAUUCUUUUUACAGAAGGAAGACGACAGAAGCCCCAGGAAACCAUACAAAUGGAGAACCUCUUACAGCUCCCUUGGUCAGUCCCUAGUUAAUGUUGAGUAGCCUAUUUUUGCCUGCAACGUUCCACAAACUGAGACUUUCCGCAAUAGCUGUCGAUUCCUUGGGAUAACCCCGGUUGCAGUGACUAUAAAUAAGUUCCUUAACAGAAAAACGAGGAUAACUUUAAGUAAUCAUGGUCAGAGAACAUUUUCUAUAUUUUAUGCAUAAGAGUAAGUCAGAAACCUGUUUAAAAGUUUUGUGGAAUGAGUCAUAGCAGGCAUGUACUUGUUCAUUCUUUAUAGCAUGCUGUGAAGAAACCUCCUCAGAGUCCACUUCUUGUCCAAUGGAGAUGCAAAUCUUAGUCCCAAGGAUCGAAAGAACUAGACGAGCAUUGUUUACUGUAGAAAGCUUUCAAUUGCCAAUAUAUCAGGAAUUAAGGAGGUUAUUUUUUUAAAACAGUA